CCUCUGCCGAGGGACAUGGCGCGCCUCAGAGACUGCAAGGCCUGGCAGGAUGCGGGGCUUGUUCUCUCAACCACAAGUAAUGAGGCCUGUAAAUUGUAUGAUGCUGCCCUGACUCAGUAUGUGACCUGGAAAAAUGAUAACAGUUUAGGGGGCCUUGAAGGAACUUUCUCAAAACUACAGGCAGCUGACCCUAAUUUUUUAAUGGGUCAUGUGAUUGCUAAUGGUUUGGUUCUGAUUGGUACUGGGAGUUCCCCUCGACUUGACAGAAAGCUAGAUGGUGCAAUAAAGAAAAUGGUGGCGCUGUCACAGUCUCAGCCCUUGACUGAGCGAGAGAAAUUACACGUUUCUGCACUGGAGCUCUUUGCUAAUGGGCAGCUCCCAAAAGCUUGUGAGACCUGGGAUCAAAUACUACAGAACCACCCAACUGACCUGUUAGCCCUCAAAUUUGCACAUGACACUUAUUUCUACUUGGGACAUCAAACCCAGAUGAGAGACUCCAUUGCUCGAGUCUAUCCUUAUUGGACAACAGACAUUCCUCUUAGUAGCUACUUAAAAGGCAUGUACUCCUUUGGACUGAUGGAAACCAAUUUCUUUGAUCGUGCUGAGAAGCUUGCCUAUGAGGCUUUAGCUAUCAACCAAACAGAUGCAUGGUCUGUCCACACCAUAGCUCACGUGAACGAAAUGAAGGCAGAUCUGAAGAGUGGGCUGUCAUUUAUGAAGCAAACUGAGAACAACUGGAAGGACAGUGACAUGCUUGCUUGCCAUAACUACUGGCACUGGGCUUUGUAUUUUAUUGAAAAGGGUGACUACGAGGCUGCGUUGACAAUUUAUGACACUCAUAUUGCUCCCAGGUGCCAGUUGAGUGGAACCAUGCUGGAUGUUGUUGACAAUUGCUCCAUGCUGUAUCGGCUUCAGUUAGAAGGUCUGAAGGUUGGUGACAGGUGGAAAGCAGUAAACCAGCUGACAAGAAAACAUGCCAAAGAUCACAUCCUGGUUUUCAAUGAUGCUCAUAUUCUGAUGUCUUCAUUAGGAGCCCAGGACCACAAAACUACCGAUGAACUCUUAGCAACUCUACAUGAAGUCAUUCAGGCACCUGAUGAAGACCAUGAGCUAAACUUAGUCCCAAAAUUAGGGCUGCCUCUUUUGAAAGCAUUUGUAGAGUUUGAUAAUGGCAAUUAUGACAAGGCAGUGGAAUUGCUGUAUCCCAUUCGCUACCAAAUUGUCGAAAUAGGAGGGAGCAAUGCUCAGAGAGAUAUUUUUGCCCAGUUACUGAUUCAUGCUGCUUUGAAAUGUAAAUCUAAAGCUAACCAAAAACUUGCUAGGUGCCUCCUUCUAGAACGUGACGAACUGAGACCAAACUCACCAUUGACUGAGCGACUGUUGCGGAAGACCACAGCCCUUCAUGCUCUGGGAUAAACCUUAGAAAAGCCUUGUUGUUCAACAAGUUAAUAAUCAGCUUUACUAAUCAACAGUUUCCUAUUAUGACAAGAAGCAAACCACAAUGAGGAGACACUAUGUUGCAUUUUUUCACUUCAGCUUUUUAGAAUACCUCUUAAUUUUGCACCACUUUGAUAAAGUUGCUUUCUUGAACUGUCCAAAGUAAAUUACUCCCAUAUAUAUCUUUAGGAAGGCAAAGGGGAGUGGGGUAUGAGAAGAUAGCUAGCUAGAGGAAGAUUCUUUUUUAAGGUUAUUGCUGUUCCCAGAAUUGCGUGGGAUGAAGUUCUAUAGUGUAACUGGGAAACUAAGGCACCAAUACUGUAAAAACUGUAUUGCCUUUGUGCCUUGGCAGUCUCAGAAACUAUUGUCAUGAUGCAAUUAAUAGUUUGGGGACUACAGGUUGUAUACACAAAUAUGUAAUACAAAUUUGUCCACACGGUACCUCCAAAAGUGCCUCAGGUGUGCUUGUGAAUAUAUCUUGUGGACAACCUUGGGAGAAUGGAAGUGUUUUCUUUCAUUUCGGGGGGGGGGGGAUUAUGGCCAUAGUUGCUUUACGUUAUUUCCCUGCUCUCUUAUCAUUUAUGAACUGGAAGAUGUUAUCAUAUAGCUGACCAAUUCACAAUGUUCUCUUCUUAAAAAAUUUUCAUUAAUGCCUGUAGUUUCCAACAAUAUUUUUAUGACUAGGAAUUGCUGCCAUGUAGUAAAAAUAGCCUUGUUUUUCACAAAAGCGUUCAAUACCCAGAAUUGUAGUGUUUGUUAAUCAUGCUUUUUGGGGGAGAGGGGCACUGGAGUAAUUAUGCAAACUAUAAUUUUAUCUUCUGUUAAUGCAUAAAAAUUGUUUCCCAUUGACCACCAACAUCCCCAUGUUUCCGUUUGAAUAACAUUACCUGUGUCCAUCUUACCACGCAUUUUGGACAAUGAACAUUUUAUG